AUGGCUUCAGGCGACGAUCCUCCUCGUAAAUCACUUGCCUCAAAGUUCCGCCGGAAGAAGUUUACUGUUACUCCCAGCAGAGCAACACAGCCUGAUGAAGGUGAGGGACCUUCAGUUCCAUCGGUUCUACCUACACCACCACCACCACCUAGGGCCAACAGCAGUCCCCGAGUGAGCAGGGUCAGGGUCAAUCAGAUCCACCGGUUCUACCUCCAUACUUCCCUGGCCACUUCCCUCCCUCGACGAGUCCUCACUUCCACACAUGCUGCUCCAUUAUAUCCAUAUUACCCCCCCACCAUCAUCACAGGUAGCAGACCAGUGGAGGUUGGCGCUGGGGGUCAUGAAGCUGCAACAUAUAAGCGUCAAUACAUUGAGCCUGAGAGCGAUAAGGGUAAAUUAAAUAAAUUGAAGAGAAGGUCGUUUCCUGCAAAAGCUUCCCUCAACAGCCAAUCAUUUCAGCGGCCGACCUCAUCCCCCGACAAGCCGACGCAGCGUCACCAAAGAAGGAGACCUGCCGGCGAUUUUCCUGCAACACCCCCACCAUGCGUGGUACACGUGUCAGUUCCCCAGGAUCUUGAGUUGACAAUGGCAAUCCCAGGCAUGAGCUCCCCAUCUGGCUCCGGCAAGUUUUCUGUCUUCAAUUCUUAUAUAGAAGGCGGAGGAAGCAACGUGAGGGAUCUGGACAUGAAUCGGCCGGCGAGUGGAGGAGAGGAGGAAUUUCCUGCUAGCGGCGAGGAGGGUGAGGAUGAUGAAGUCGGCGAUGGCGACGGAGAUGGUGGUCACCGGCCGAAAAAGCUUCGGCUUUCGAAGGAGCAGUCGAGAAUGCUUGAAGAGAGCUUCAGGCAGAACCACACCUUAAAUCCUAAACAGAAAGAGGCGUUGGCUUCGAGGCUGAGGCUGAGGCCGCGGCAGGUCGAGGUCUGGUUUCAGAACCGCCGGGCAAGAACAAAAUUAAAGCAGACGGAGAUGGAAUGCGAGUACCUGAAGAGGUGUUUUGGGUCUCUGACUGAAGAGAACAGGAGGCUGCAGAGAGAGGUGGAGGAGCUUCGAGCGUUGAGGGUUGCGCCGCCCACCGUUCUCUCGCCGCUCACACGACAGCCGAUGCCGGCUUCAGCGCUCACAAUGUGUCCGCGAUGCCAGCGUCUCACAAUGGCGACCCAUCGCCGGCCGCCAUCUGCUGCUGCCUAGUUCUUCCCACAAUGAAAUCAUAAAAAAAAAGAAAAAAAAAAUUGUUUCCGUAUCAGGAUAGUUGUCAUAGAAGUCUUGGAUUUGUAUUAAAAUUAGUGCUAUUUAUGAUAUUUUGUAUUGCACUAAUCUCAAUAUAAAUUCAAGAAAGAAAACCUAAGCCUCUGAGUAGGAAUUAAGAAGCUGGAGAUCAUAUCUAAUUUUGUUGUAGAUAUUUGAAAGGUAGAGUCUUGGUCUUUGGAUGGAAUUAGACCAAGGAUUUUGUACUGGGGAUGAAUAUUAGUUAUCUUGCA